AUGACAAGGAAAGAGAGCAUACAAAGAAAGGAAACGAAUGAAAUGAACGUGAAGGAAUUGGAACAGCUUCGCGACAAGUACGAGGGAAAAUUGACAGCGUCCCUGUACACCGGUACUCUGCUGGUCGCUCUGGUCGCCUCGAUUUUAGCCAUGGGAGUUCUUUGCGCCAGCAACUACCGGGAUCUGUACAGAGUGGUCGUCCCUGCAACAAGCUUAACGAUAAUGAUCUUCGCUUCGUUGAGUUUGUUGCUCUUGACACAGCUGCCAACCACCGUGACAUCGGCCAGAGCCAGAUUUCUCAUAGGUUUCGCUUCUUCCGUGAUCCUUGGAUUCGGAAUUCUGACCUUGGAAGGCUCGGUGCCCUUGUUCGUUGCGAUCCUCGCGAUAAUCGCUGUUCUACCAAGAGGCACUCGACACACAUCGACAAUUCUCGCGGUUGUCUUUAUCGUCGUGCAUGUGGCCAGGAAAUUCACAUAUAUCACCUAUUCGAAUUAUUAUGAAAUAGCCGAGAUAUGCGGUGAAAUUGUGUUCUUAAUUGCGGCAGUUCUCGCGGGUUCGUACUACAGUAUUUUAACCGCGAUCGCUCACAGUCGAACGUUCUCCGGGACAAAAACGGUGAUCGAGUCCAGAAUAAAGUUAGAAUGCGAGAGAGAGCAACAAGAACAAUUACUGUUGAGCGUUAUUCCGGCCUAUAUAGCAGCCGAGGUAAAGAGGAGCAUUAUGCUGAAAAUGGCAGACGCGUGUCAAGAAGCUAGCAGACAUCAGCAGACCAGAUUUCACGAAAUGUACGUGCAGAGACACAAUAACGUUAGCAUUCUGUACGCGGACGUUGUGAAUUUUACACCGCUCUCGGAACAAUUGUCUGCCUCAGAUCUGGUGAAAACUCUGAACGAACUGUUCGGAAGAUUCGACCAAAUUGCACAGGAUAAUCAAUGCAUGAGAAUCAAGAUCCUGGGUGACUGUUACUACUGCGUUUCAGGACUACCGAUCUCACGGCCGAAUCACGCGUACAACUGCGUGAACAUGGGACUGGAAAUGAUCGAUGCGAUCAGAUUCGUACGCGAGGCAACGGGAUUCAACGUUGACAUGAGGAUCGGGAUACACACCGGAAACGUUUUGUGCGGUGUACUGGGUCUACGGAAAUGGCAGUUCGACGUAUGGAGCGACGACGUUACACUGGCAAAUCACAUGGAGAGCGGCGGUUUACCGGGGAAGGUACAUAUAACCAAAGCUACCCUACUGCAACUGGGCAAUCGUUUCGAGGUAGAACCAGGCGACGGAGAAUCCCGUGAGAGUUACCUCGCUCGUCACAAUAUUGAAACUUUCUUGAUAGUGCCGCCGAAAAAAAGCAACCGAGAGAAUUGCAACGAUGAUAACGGCAAGCAAGGAUUAGGUCGCCCCACUUCGAUACCAACGAGAUCGAGACCAAGUAGUAAAAUGACCAAGUACGUCGAAUGCUGGGGCGCGGACAAGCCGUUUGCUAAUAUCGCGGAAGCUACCCUCGCGAAGAAUAUCGGUCUGACGAGUAUCGCAUUGAUCGAAUCGAAUCUUUUAGCGAACAAUAAUUCCAGCUGUUCCGUCGACAUAAAACGCUGGUGCAGUGGAAACGGUACCGAGGGUAUGUCUUCCUACACUUAUCGAUUCACUGAUCAAGCUCAAGAACUUCGAUUCCGUGAACAGGUCGAUGAACAGUAUCUUUGGUACCUGCUGGCCUCCGGCACAAUUUACGCAAUGAUUUUCCCCAUUCAGAUUAUUUAUUCGCCAAGAAGUAUUAUAGCUUACGGCUGCUUCGUGAUUGGUUCGUUGUCCUUGGUCAUUUUCACGGCGAUCUCGUGGUUGACUGGCAGAACCAGAACCAAGGACAACGAUAUUAGAAAUCGAUUGGCUACCAGCAGGGGUAUUAAAAUAACAGCAUACUUGAUUACGGUGCUCCUGUCGACUGUUUCGUCCAUGCUUAGCCUGAUCGAUAUAGAUCAGACGAAUGGGUAUGAUGUCUUGCCGGUGCGUUUGUACAUCUAUUCCACGGUAAUGGCACUGAUCGUUGGGUGGACCCACUUGCGUGUCGGUUUCUUGCUCAAAUUCUGUGUAAUGUGCGUCUCCGUGACAAUGAUUCUCGUAACGUUGUCACAGUUCUCGAUCAUACGGUUGUUCCAAGUGGUCGGAAACGAUGGAUACUAUCGCGUUCACCGUUUCCUUCAAGCUGGAUAUUUACUCACACUUGUCUGUCUCGUACUUCACGUUUUGGACAGACAAGUCGAGUACACGUCCAGGAUUGAUUUUCUGUGGCAGAGUAAACUGAAAAUCGAACAGGAUGAAGUAGAGACUAUGAGAGGCAUUAAUAAGAUACUCCUUGAGAACAUAUUGCCGGCUCACGUGGCGGAACAUUUCUUGACAAAUACUAGAGCCACACAGGAUCUUUAUCACGAAAGAUACAGUAGUAUAGCAGUAAUGUUCGCGUCUAUCCCUAAUUACAAGGAGUUUUACGAUGAAACAGACAUAAAUAAACAGGGACUGGAAUGUCUACGGCUUCUGAACGAGAUUAUCUGUGACUUUGAUAAGUUGCUGCUUAAACCGAAAUUUUCGGGAAUCGAGAAAAUCAAAACUAUCGGUAGUACUUACAUGCUUGCCUCGGGUCUCAGUCCAGGGAAGGAAGACACCGAUGGAAAGGACCCGUUGAAUCAACAAGAUCACAAUGUGAUCAUCCUCGUCGAAUUUGCUCUCGCUUUGAUGACGAUUUUAGAUCAAAUCAAUAAAGAAUCGUUUCAAAGAUUUAAACUGAGAAUGGGUUUGAAUCACGGACCUGUGAUAGCGGGCGUGAUCGGUGCCCAAAAGCCUCAAUACGAUAUUUGGGGGAACACCGUAAAUGUAGCCUCGAGAAUGGACAGCUGCGGAGAAAUGGGAAAGCUCCAAGUCACCGAGGACACGGCCAAGAUUCUGAUGGCAGCUGGAUACGAAUUAACUUGUCGGGGACCGACUCACGUUAAAGGAAAAGGAACAUUGACCACAUAUUUCCUGAAAACCUCCUUUGACAACAAAGAAGAUGAUUACUAGUUCACAUAAUAAAAAUACAAAGAGAAUGAACACUACAAAAAUACAGGACGAUGAAAGAAACGAAACGAGAAUA